AUGGCACCAGAAAAUCAGGUGCCAGUGUACUCGACCCAGCUGGAAGAAGCUGAGUCUGAUUGGGAUGCAUUUAUCACUCACGCCGCCGCGCGGCUUCGUGAUCGUAAAGAGAAGCGUCGUUAUCUGUUUGUCUCUAACACUGUGCCGCUAGUAGCUAGUGACUCUGGAACAAGCUCAGAAGAACGUGUAGAGCUAUUUCAGCUCUUGUUGCAGACGACGCUGUCUUACAACGACAGGAAAUCUCGCGUAUGUCUAGUUCGUGCUGGAUGCACACUGCUAGAUGCAGACACGGCACACUGCCCUAAACAGCCAUUGUCCAGUAUGCUCGUAAGAGAGUCUGUGCAUGCAUUACAACCUGAAGUCGAGCGGACGACUCGGUCGGAUUUGCGACUUUGUUGCACGCCAUUACGUCUUGUUGCACUGUACGAUUGGGUCUAUUGUGUUCUUUCGUAUGUAUUACAUGGCGAACACGCGUCUAUCAAAAAUGAUUCAAAUUUCAUGCUACUUGUGAAAAUGUAUGCCCGUUUGCAUGGGACCUAUGUGGCAGCACUCGUCCGGAAGCACAUGUGCAUUUCAAGCGUGUCAGCACGGCUCCGCCAAUGGGAAUCAGAUCCGGGAUGUCUUUCACUGCUACUGCACGCAGCGCUGAAGCUUCCCGCGGCGGAAGCACUCGCUUCAUGUGCACUGCAAGGACACUUGAUCACAGUCUGUUGCUUGGGGGUGAAAGAUACACAACGUGCUGGUGCGUUAGAGCUCGUACAAAGCAUUAAAGUGCUGGUGCUGCAGUUCUAUUCAACAAACGUCCUCAGUUCCAAAGUCCCGUUGCCCGAGACGUUACGCACAGCGAAGUCACAUCCAUAUCGGUACUUUUUCAAGAGCGUCGUUACACCUGCUGACUUGGACGAGCACGUGUUGCCCACGCUUCAAAAGAUGCUUCUUCGCUCACCAGAACAUGCAUUCUACGAUCUUGGCGUACUCUGCACAUGUGUUGCUGUGGACAAGACUUCUAUCUUGUCGCGCUUCCAAAAUGUCAUGGUCUCAUCGAUUGCCUCGUCGAAUCCAGCAACACGCGAGGCCGUCUUGUCUCUGAGCGACUCAUUGUUCAAGGCGGAUGACAUAACUGCGUUUGCUGAUGCAGUUUGUAAGAGUAUCAAGGCAGGGGAUGUGCGUUCUGAAGAACAGCGCCUCGCACAAUAUAAGCUUCUGUGGUCUUGUGUGCCAAAUGAAUCAAACAGUCCAGGCCUGCUAGGAUCUAUGGCUCCCGUGCUACUAAAGGAAACACAGCCAUCGAGUGUCGCAGCUGCUGUUGAUGCUGUGUCGAAGCAUAUCCAUUUCUUGCUCGAGCAUGAUGUAGAGGUGCCGUCUGCAUUCAUGAAGGCGUUUAUUGGCAAGACGAGCUCCCCGAAGCCGCCAGUGCGUGCUGCCGCGCUUUGUGGCAUGUACCCUGCUAUCUGCGCAUGUGAACUAGGAAUGACCUGUUCCUCCAGGGAACAAAAAAAUUGGCUGGCAUUCUGGAAAGACCUACUACCAUCACUCGGGACCAGUGUCAAGUCUGCGCUGUCCAGUGCACUGACCUCGCCGGAAGCAGCGCUCGAGGGCUGCAUUGCUACUGCACUCAUAUGGGGCGCGAUCUCCCAGGAACAUUCGCUGCGUGAUUCUGCACUACCGCUCGCGCCUCUUGAUGCACUGUUGGCCACAGGCGCGAAGCCAUCGUUCCUCCUAAAUGAGAAAGUGGCUCAAAAAAUGAGUGAGCUUCAUACAGUGCAUUGGCAUGCGAAAGCUUUCUAUACGGUACUGCACCACACAAAUCCGAUGUCAUGGCAUGACAAGGAGUUUGCAUCCCACAUGUGCGCUCUGCUCCGAUGCUACGUAUAUCACACUGUACAAAUUGGCGCACCCAAUCACGGUCCGCUAUUCGUGCAAGGUGCACGAUGGCACGCGCAUAGGAUUGUUCAAUAUGUGCACCGACACGAUGAGCGACUUGCUCUUCACAUGGUGCGGCACGUUUUGUCGAGUGAACCAGAGCUGCCAACGGAUGUCGCACGGCUAUUGGUUGAAUGUAUGUCAUCGUUGAAUCUUUUCCCAGAACUGGUCGUCCUAGUGCAUGCUCCUCAGCUGCAGGAUACGGAACAUGAUUGCUUUGUGAAAUUAUGUCGCAAUGUGAUGAAGCAAGUGGGGCCUACUGGGUCUGUUACUUACGACAACCUUGAUCCACACGAAAUUCUUCGAGACUAUGCAGACUCGGUCAUCCAAGCCAUUUACGAGGCACAAAGCGAUCCGACAUGGCGCGUAGCAGCGGAGGCGGCACUGGCGUCCAUCUUGUUCAUCGCGCCUGAUGCCGUGCUGGGCCGGAUCUGCGGCGACAUUGUGCGUGAUAUGUCGGUUAAAUCGAUCGAAGCUUUCAGUGAACAAGAUGUGGCUAUUUGGCGUGCAUCAGACGACAAGCCAUUCAUUGAUGUGCUGUCCUCAAAUAAACAGGAACUUGACAAGGGCCGCACUACCAGUAUGGACAGGUGGGAUGCUGAAGUGCGUGCGUCUAUUGCCGCGAAGAAAGCUGCUAACGCACCAAAAUCGCUCACGAAGCAAGAGCAAGCUGCUGUCGACACGCAACUUGCACGUGAACGAGAAAUUCGCUCGUUGGUCGAGCACGAGCGGACGCGCGUCAUGCUCGCUCUCAACCGCGCUUUCAUUGUGGCGCGAGCCCGUGCGACUAGCUCUGACAUAUUUGCGCUGACAGUGGCUGUGCGUACAUGCCUGGGUAAUGUGCGUGCUCGUGAGCUAGGAGUAACAGAUAUAGCGGUGGAUGCUCUGGCCAUGCUCUCGCGCGCAGGCGAAGCUCGUGUGCAAACUGUGUGUGGUUUUAUCUUGAGUGCGAUGCUGCGUGAGAUUGACGGGAAACUUGUCCCGUUGGAUUAUUCGCUCGAAUCAGGCGAGGAGAUCGAGCUUCGCAUUCUGUAUCAAUUGCGUUUCCUCGUGGAUGCUGCGCCAUUGGAACGCUCGUCUUGUGGCUUUGUAAUCCCCUGGCUUACGCAUUUGAUUGCAAAGAGUCGUUUGUGUGGCGACGAAGACAAGGACGACCAGGUUGUUGAGCGACUGCAGUUGGCAUUGGAUGUGCUCGCAGCGCAUGCGGUAUAUGGCUCAGACCCGCAAUUUCCACGUGCUGAGGUUUUGGGCUCGCUACUGGUCCUUUUGCGUAAUAUUCCGAUGCUAAUGCACGACGCGAUCGCAGCACUUCGGUCGUAUGGCGACAUGAUAUCUCAUGAGCAGCAGGGUCAGACUGCACUGAUAAUCGAGCUUUUGGAUGCUGCACUCUCGGAUGAACGCCGUGAGCGGGAUGGUGCGCUACAGUGUCUGGUAUCACUGGACUUGACAGAACUCGAGUUCCCUCGCGCUGUCUGGCUCGCAAUGCAUUCAGACCUGAAAGCUAUCGCAACGCAAGUAUGGGAGGAGAAUGCUCUGGAUGUUCCAUCGACGUAUGUGCCGGCGUUAGUCCCACUCUUGCAACAUGCUCACAAGUACGUGCGAGAGAGUGCAGCGCGCUCAAUUGGUGCAGCAUGUGCAUUGCAUCCUGACACAUUCCCUGAGCUUUUGGACGCGCUGCUCAUGCUAUAUCGUUCCGAAAACUACUCGCUCGAACCCGAGUACGACCAGUAUGGCAUGGUAAUUGAAUCGACGCUGAAUCGCCAAGACCCUUGGCACGUUCGUCUCGCUGUGGCCUGGACGCUACAUGCCGCUGCGCCGUCGUUCCGUCCGGCGGAUGUCGUGCCAUUCUUUCUGUUUGCCCUGCAGCCAGGUGUUGCGCUAAGCGAUCGGAAUGAGGACGUCAGCCAUGCCAUGCUCGAUGCGUGCACGUCUGUGAUCGAUGUGCAUGGCGCAAACGUUCUCUCCGAUCUGCUCUCGCACUUAGAAGCGAGUCUUGAGAGCGAGAGCGACGCGGUUACCGAGGCGUCUGUAGUCUUGUUGGGCCGCAUCGCUCAGUAUCUACCGGCGGACAGUCCGCAGGUGCGUCGCGUCGUGGAUCGCCUGCUUUCCGCUCUACGGACACCCAGCGAACUCGUGCAAGAGGCUGUGGCUUCUUGCUUGCCGGUGCUUGUUCGCACGACUGCUGUAGCCAAGGAUGUGCCGGGCAUUGUUGAUGAUCUUUUUGUCGACCUUCUACAUGGCGAAAAGUAUGCUACACGGCGUGGCGCAGCAUACGGCUUGGCGGGCAUUGUAAAAGGCCGCGGUGUGUGCUCUAUUCGUGAGCUGCAUAUUUUGACACGACUAGCCGAAGCGAUCGACGAUACAAGCGUGUCGACGAUCCGGCAGGGUGCCUUAUUCGCGUAUGAAAUGCUUGCCGGUACAUUGCAAGUGUUGUUGGAACCAUAUGUCGAGGGUAUUCUCGAACAUUUGCUUGUGUGCUUUGGCGAUACACAUGCAGAUGUCCGAGAAGCGACGCAGGAUGCUGCACGAGUGUUGAUGCGUAGCCUGAGCGGCCAAUGCCUGAAACUAAUUUUGCCAUCUCUAUUGAGCGGCCUGGAUGAAAAGCAGUGGCGUAUGAAGAAAGGUGCCGUCGAGCUUCUGGGUGCGAUGGCAUUCUGUGCACCGCGGCAAUUGUCCGCGGCGCUGCCAACAGUCAUCCCCCGUCUGAGUGACGUCUUGACAGACUCACACCGCCAGGUCAGCACGGCUGCGAAUCAGAGUCUCAAGCAAUUUGGUGAAGUGAUCCACAAUCCAGAGAUCCAGUCACUCGUGCCGGUGCUGCUCAAGGCGCUUGUCGAUCCAAACGCCAAGACAGCGAGCGCACUGAAGGCGCUUCUUCGCACAAAGUUUGUGCACUACAUCGAUGCGCCAUCGCUAGCGCUGAUUGCGCCGAUUAUCGAGCGUGGUCUGCGUGAGCGGACCGUUCUCCUUCAAAAGCAAGCGGCCCAGAUCGUUGGCAAUCUGGCAUCACUUACCGACACGCGCGACUAUGUGCCGUACCUGAGCAAGUACACACCGCUCGUGCGUGUGGUGCUUGUGUCACCGGUGCCAGAUGCUCGUGGCAUUGCAGCAAAGGCGCUCGGCACGCUUGUUGAGCGACUGGGCGAGGUCCACUUUGCGGACUUGGUCCCGUCCUUGCUCCAGGUCCUGCAGACCGACGCAACAGGUGUCGAUCGCCAUGGCGCUGCACAGGGUCUAGCUGAAGUACUUGCUGGUCUGGGUAUGGAGCGCAUGGAGCGACUGCUGCCGACGAUCAUUGAAAACACACAGGACAGCACAUCGUACGUGCGGGAAGGCCACCUCGCGUUGCUGAUCUACCUGCCGGCUACGUUCGGUGCGCGCUUCAUCCCUCAUCUCGGGCGCAUCGUGCCGCCGAUCGUCGCAAGUAUGGCGGACGAUAUCGAGUCUGUACGAGAGGCGAGUCUGCGGGCCGGCCGCAUGCUCAUUUCCAACUACACGCAGCGCUCUGUCGAUCUGCUGCUGCCACAGUUGGAACCGCGUCUCUUUGAUGCGCGGCACCGCGUUCGACUGUCGGCGCUGCAGCUCACGGCUGAUAUGCUAUUCCGUGUGUGUGGUAUUUCCGGAAAGGCAGAAGUGGAAGACGAGACAGACGAGGCUGCUGCGGCCAGCAGCAGCGUCCAAAAGACACUCGUCCAAGUGCUCGGAGCUGAUCGGCGGGCUCGGAUUCUUGCAGCCGUCUUCAUCUUGCGACAAGACCCGAGCAUACCUGUGCGCCAGACGGCCGCUCACACGUGGAAGGCACUUGUGCACAACACGCCCCGCACUGCCCGCGAAGUUCUCCCUGUUAUGCUUGACCUACUCCUGGGUGGCGCUCUCGCGUCCGAUGAUUCUGAGCAGCGCGACAUGGCAGGACGCACACUCGGCGAGCUGGUGCGCAAGCUGGGCGAAAAGAUUCUCAGUGAGACAGUGCCGAUCCUCAGCGAGCGUGCGAUGCAUGCACCCACCUCGUCGACUCGCGCCGGUGUGUGUCGUGCCGUUACGGACAUUCUGGCGAAUGCGACCAAGACGCAACUUGAAGACCAUGAAGACGCACUUAUUGGUGUUGUGCGACAUGCGCUGGGCGAUGAGGCGCCGGAUGUACGUGCAGCAGCAGCUCAUGCGCUCGACGCGAUGCAGGCUCACCUGGGUGGCCAUGCGAUCGACGCCACCAUUCCUACCUUGCUCGAGGCGUUGGACGACGAGCGCGCCCCGACCGCGCUCGCGGCGCUCAGGGAAGUUGUGCGCACACAACCUGAGGUUGUCUUCCCCGUCGUCGUGCCGACGCUCGCUCAUGUCCCGUUAUCCGACUCACAUGCGUCCGCGCUGGUCGCCUUGCUGCCUGUUUCAAGCUCCGCGCUUGCGCAGCAGGUGAAUGUGAUUCUCAGCAGCCUUGCAGCAUCGUGCGAUGAUGAGACGCACGUGAAGUACGAAGUGGCCGACGCGCUCUUCGCUGCCAUUGGCGAUAUCGACACAUUGCACCAGACUGUGAUGCAGAUCCUUGGCUGGCUCGGCGCUCGUCAGGCCUCUCGCCAGGCACUCGCAUGCCACUUGUGGGUGCACUUCACGAAGCACGUGACUGUGUCGUGGGCCGACUACGAGAUGGAUGUGAUGCGAAAACUGAUCGCACUCUUCGAGCCUCCUGAGAAGCGUGUGUACACGGCAGCGCGUUCUGCCCUCGAAGCUUGUGUGCAGACGAUCCCGAAGGAACACUGGGGCGCUCUUGUUGUGCCAUUGCGACGAGCGCUGGAAUCCACGGGUGCACCUUCGUCACACCUACCUGGCUUGUGUCAGCCACGCGGAGCCUCGCCUUUCGUUCCCGUUCUUCUACAUGGCCUGCUCCAAGGCACAGCCGAGCAGCGCGAGCAGGGUGCACUGGGUCUCGCGGAUCUUGCCGAAAAGACCUCCGCAGAUGCCAUCAAGCCCUUCAUCACUGCCAUGGUCGGUCCAUUGAUUCGUCUGUGUGGUGAUAGGCAUGCUCCACCCGUCAAAAUUUCGAUCGUCACGUCUCUCGACACCUUGGUACGCAGCGUGCCGAUGCUCGUGCGGCCCUUCUACCCGCAGCUGCAGCGCUCCUUCCAAAAAGCCCUCUCAGACACCGCCAGUGGUACGGUGCGCAUGAAAGCUGCACACGCGCUUGGAUUCCUCAUGGGCCUACAGACACGCGUGGAAGGCGUUGUAUCUGAGCUUGUUCAAACCAUUUGCGAUGCUCUUGUGUCGCCUGACGACACGUCAGAUGCUGCUAUCGUUGCUCUCGCGUGUAUCCUGGACCAUGCACCGCAGGAUAAGAUCGGCGAGCAGACUCGUGCAUCUGUUGUUGGAUGCCUGGAGUCGGCAUUCCAUGCCGAAGAAGAGCCACGUGAAUCGAUCAAGCGUGCACUCGCUGAUUUAUUUGCAUCGUUUAUCAAGUUCGACACCAAUGCCAUACAACCACUUCUCGCUUCUCAGGUGCUGCAACCGGCUCCCGUCGAUGUUCAGUUGGCUGCUUUGUGUGUACGUGCUUGUCUAGAGAAUGCAUCUGACACACUGUACGACGUUGCACGCCCACCAUCGCUCGUGGCGCAACUUACAAGCGCAUGGCUUAGCGAGGCUCCCUCUGUCGCUCGCAUUGCGCGCGAAGCUCGCGACUUGAUUCGGCGUACGUCACCAUGGGCCACAGACGCGAGCGUGACUUCAUCACUGUAA